AUGUUUAAAAUUAUAGAUAAAAUAAAACCGAACAUAUUUUUGCAAAAUGUUAAAAUAAAUAACACGAAUAAAUUUUUUUUUCCCCAAAAAAAUAAUAAAUUACGUUUUUCUUCAAAAGUUGAUAAUGUUAAAUUUAAUGCUGAUGAUAACAUAUCAACUAAUUUUCUUGAAGAACAAGAACUAAAACUAAUAUUUAAUAAAAAAGUUACAUUUUCUAGUAUAUUUGAAGAUAGAAUAAAUGUAUUUUUAAAACCAUUAGAAACUGACGUAAUUUGUGAAGGAAGAUUUAACUGCAACAAUUUGAUUGAUAGAGGUAAUUCAAUAAUUAUAGAUGAUAAAAAAAAUGAUAUAAAUAAAUUAAGCGAUGAUAAUAAUAAAGAAUUAAAUGAAUUACACAAUGAAAAUCCAAAUAAAAAUGAUCUCAAGGAAAAUAAUAAUAAUAAUAAUAAUAAUAAUGAGAAUAAAAAAAAUAAUUUAAAAUUUUUAUCAUUCGAUAGAUAUAAUUUAUUAUCUAAAGGAAAGCAUAUGUAUAUAUAUGAUUUUGAGAUUUACAACAUUUCUGAAUUAAGUAAAUACGACGCAGGUGAAAUUGUAAAUGUUUAUUUUUACAAUAAAGAAAAAAUUGGUAUUGGGUUGUUAAAUAGAAAAAGUAAUAUAGUUAUUAGAAUAAUAGAAAGAGAUAUUUCAAAAGUAAUAGACGAUAGAUUUUUUAUAAAAAAGUUAUAUGAAAGCAUUAAAAGAAGAUUUAAAUUUAUUUAUAAUAUAAAUUUAUAUGAUUAUAUUUAUUCAUUUAAUGUAAGAAAUAAUACAAAGAUAUUUUGUAAAAUUGUUAAUUCAGUCAAUGAUGAAUUACCAGGUUUGGUUGUUUAUGUAUUUGAUAAAAGUAUAUAUAUAAGAUAUGAUAAUUUAAUUAUACAAAAAUAUAACUAUAUUUUUGAAAAAGAAUUAGAGAAAAUAUUUUCACCAAAAAAUAUGUACUCCAAAAAAAUAAUUAGUAAAAAAGAAAAAAGAGCACAAAAAGGAAAAGAAUACAUCUUAGAACAACUGAAAGGUGAUGACCUUGAAUUAAAUUAUUGUGAAAAUAAUUAUACUUUUUAUAAUAAUAUAACAAAUAUAUCAUAUCAUAUUUUUGAUAUAGAAAGUAAAUAUGAUAGAGUUUUUUUGCAGAGUUUAAGUUAUUCAUCUAAUAUUUUAAAUAUAGAUGGGAACGUUGGUGAAUACAUAAUAAAUACUUCUUUAAAAAACCAAACAUAUAUAAAUAAUUAUGAUUGUAGAGAAAAUAUAUCUAUUAUAUUGAGUGAUAGUGCUAAAAAUACUAACUAUAUAAAUAAAAAUAUUUCUAUUAAUAAUUGUAAACAUAUCACGUCAUUGCAUAGAGAAAAUAUUCUUGAAGAAUUAAAUAAUAUGUCCUUAAAUAAUUUAAAAUUUGAUUUAAUUAUUUAUAACACAAAAAGUAAUAUAACUUAUAGAAAAAAUUCUUAUACAAGUAUAUAUGGAAAAAGAUAUACUGUAACAUUUAAAGGAAUUCAUAAAUAUUUAAAUUAUAUUUCAGAUAUCUUACAAAAAAAUGGAUUAUUAUUCAUAACAGUUGAAUUAUCCACUUCUGAUUAUCACAAAUUUUUGAAUAUUGUUAAAUGUGUAUUUGAAAAUAAAAAGAAAAGUAUUUCUAUUGUAUACGAAAACUCUUGUAGUAUUGAAAAUAACAUAUUAUGUAUUGAUGAAAAUGCAUGGUAUAUGAGAUCUGUGUGCUUCAAGCUAGGAGAAUCUUAA